CCUGACUCGCUGGGAAGCCUUGGGGCCCUGCGGGUCGAGGACCGGCGCGAGGAGAUCUGGCUGUAUGGGAAGGUGCAUUGGGAGCAGAGCUCUCCGGGGUACAAGCCCGGGGCCAGCGUCCCACACACCUCCGCACCUUUGCCCUCCAACCCCGCAAGCCUCCUCCCCAGGUUGCCUCGGGGCAGGACUGGGAGCUCUGGAGCUGGAGGAAGCCAGAGGCGUAGUGGCCACAUUGGGUAAUGAUGAAGGUCCCUGCUGACGUGGGGCUCCCUGAGCGGGGAGUCAAUUUUCAGCAAAUGAAAACCCCUCCCACGGAAACUGUCUUGGGGGCGUUUUCUCCAGGCCCUAAGUCUUCCUUGGCCGAACCUAUUCGGGGCUCUGGAGUUCCUGUCUGUAACCGGUCCUCCACCCUAGCUGGGAGCCAGAUGUGAUGGUGUUCCCAACACUGGGAAGAGUGAAUUGCCAUCUUCCAAAGCCAGGAGGGCCCUCCUGGACCCGGGAGCAGACCCUGGUGGCCGUGAAGCCAGAUGGGGUGCAGCGGCGGCUUGUUGGGGAUGUGAUCCGGCGUUUUGAGAGGAGGGGCUUCAAGCUGGUGGGGAUGAAGAUGCUUCAGGCUCCAGAGAGCGUCCUUGCUGAGCACUAUUGUGACCUUCGGAGGAAGCCCUUCUACCCAGCCCUCAUCAGCUACAUGAGCUCCGGCCCUGUGGUGGCCAUGGUCUGGGAAGGCCCCAAUGUGGUCUGCACCUCAAGGGCUAUGAUAGGACACACUGACUCAGCUGAGGCUGCCCCUGGCACCAUUCGAGGAGACUUCAGCUUCCACAUUACCAGGAACGUCAUCCAUGCCAGCAAUUCUGUGGAGGAGGCCCAGAGGGAGAUCCGGCUGUGGUUCCAGAGCAAUGAGCUGGUGGACUGGGCAGACGAAGCCUAUUGCAGCAGCCUCUACCCAGCCUGAGCCUCAGGAUGCCCUCAGCUGCCCCAGCAUCCACUCGGGACCAACUACCUCUGUCCAGAAGAACUUGAGCCCACCCUUGUGCUCUGCCUGUGUGUCUCAGACCACUUCCCUGUUUACCUUCCACCCCAGGCCAGAUCAGCUGAGCCAACUUUACGUGCCUUUUGUAUUCUGAGCCAGUAAGAGAUUGGAUCAAAUCCUUUCUACACCACAAUGCUAGACCACCUUUGGGGUGUCUCCAAAAAUGGGUACUUUAACCUCCACUCCCCCAAAGGGAAGACAUUAAAAUUCACUGUGCUGUGCA